AAGAUCUUAUUGAUGUUAAAGUAGAAGAUAUAAAAGUAGAUGAGCAGACGCAUGUGAUGGGUGAUCAGCAGUGUAAGGAGGAGGAAAUCCCUACAGAUAUCAGCACAGACUCCUCUAAAGAUCCAUCUACUGAUAUAAAGGAGGAAUCAGUCUCAUGUGAUGGAGACCUCACACAUACUGACAUGUAUACAGCCGCAGAUCAUACACAGAAAAUAUCUACUCAUCUAAAAAGCAACUGCAUUACAAAUGCGUCUUGCUCUGGAUGUGAAAAAUGUUUUACUCUUAAUUCAGACCUUGUUAUACAUCAGAGGAGUCACACAGGAGAGCCACCAUAUUCCUGCUCAGAAUGUGGGAAAGGGUUUAGAAGUAAUUCAGAACUUCUUGUACAUCAGAUGAUUCAUACAGAUGAAAAACUGUUUUCUUGCUCAGAAUGUGGGAAAUGUUUUAAAGUAAAUUCACAUCUUGUUAGACAUCAGAUGAUUCAUACAGGAGCAUCCCCAUAUUCCUGCUCUGAAUGUAAGAAAUGUUUUAGAUGUAAAUCAGAACUUGUUAUACAUCAGAGAAGUCACACAGGUGAGAGACCUUAUUCUUGCUUGGAAUGCGAGAAAUGUUUUCCAAUUAAAUCACUACUUGUUAGACAUCAGAGAAGUCACACAGGUGAGAGACUAUAUUCUUGCUCGGAAUGUGAGACAGUGUGUAUAAGUAAUUCAGAACUUGUUAGACAUCAGAGAAUGCAUACUGGAGAGAAACCAUUUUCCUGCUCUGCUUGUGGGAAAUCUUUUACACGGAAAUCAGAUCUUGCUCGACAUCAGAAAAGUCACACGGGGCAGAGACCAUAUUCCUGCUCUGAGUGUGGGAAAUGUUUUACACGUCUUCCACAUCUUGUUAGACAUCAGAGUCUUCACACCGGAGAGAGACCGUAUUCUUGCUCUGAAUGUGGGAAAUGCUUUACACGUAAUUCACAACUUGUUGUACAUCAGAGGCGUCACACCGGAGAGAGACCAUAUUCUUGCUCAGAAUGUGGGGAAGGGUAUAGAAGUUUUCCAGAGCUUGUUAGGCAUCAGAGAUUUCAUACAGGUGAGAUACCGUUUUCUUACUCAGAAUGUGGGAAAGGGUUUGAAGUAAAUGCACUACUUGUUAGACAUCAGAUGAUUCACACAGGAGCAUACCCAUAUUCCUGCUCUGAAUGUGAGAGAGGUUUUAGAUAUAAAUCAGAACUUGUUAUACAUCAGAGAAGUCACACAGAUGAGAGACCGUAUUCUUGCUCGGAAUGUGGGAAAGGGUUUAAAAGUAAUGCAGAACUUGUUAUACAUCAGAGACGUCACACCGGAGAGAGACCGUAUUCUUGCUCUGAAUGCGGGAAAUGCUUUACAUGCAAUUCAGAACUUACUAAACAUCAGAAAAGUCACACAAGAGUGAACCCAUGAUAUAGGUCUGAGUGU